CAUCCUUAGCGAAUUUAACCAAAGUCUUUCUUAGUCCAGCAUUUCUUUCCUACAGUGGCCAACCAAAUGGGCAGGAUAUGAAUCAACCCUGAUAAUAUUUAAUUCUCUGCAGGGGAUACUGUAUACAUUUUAUGCUAGCUCUGUGUAUACGAGGAGAAAAACACAACACGAAAGAGAAUGUAGUCAGUGUUUUUUAUUAAGAUGGAGGGCUUCAUAUCUAUUAAAUUACUGUCCCUAAUCAAAUAUGUGAAACCUGACAACUUGGCUGAAUGGAAUACUAAAUAUAGAUAGAAAGGACACACUGUUUCAGAGCUGAGCUUGUGCUUUUAGUGGAGGCACUCCAAUGGAUUUUCAGAGGAGAAGGAGAAUAACAAACUGUACAUUUUCUGCUGGAACUUAACGCUGGAAUUGUGCACCAGAAGUUUAGCUAAGAUGUAGCAUGCCUAAAAUGUAUAAUGGAAAGUUCUUCUGAUGAAAAUGACAUAGAAAACUCUCAGGAUCAAGAAGGAAAACUUUAUGUUGUUGAUUCCUUAAACAACUUAAAUGAACAUUGUAUGAUGCAUUCUCAUCACCCAGUCUGGGAAUACAGAGAGGAUACAGAGAGCCCUGGCUGUUUGAUGAUGCAGAGCAGCCUGAGAUGCCAAAGCUGGUUCUUUGUCACAUCUAUCAUUACUUUAAUUGUCAGCCUGGCACUUGUUUCUUUUGUAAUAAUCUUAAUAGUUCACACUGGAGAUAAGAUAGAUGAACUUUCAAGAAAAAUUGUCUUAGAAAGGAAGAGCAUUGGAGAUCUUGUGAAAUUUAAUUAUAUGGUUUUACAGCACCUCAACCAGACCGAAUUAAUGGACAAUAUAGAAAACAUUAUCACAGUGUAAACAAGACAAGCAAAUCCUGAUUUUUCCGGCCUAUUAACUGAAAAAUGCUGAGCUCAAAGCCUCAGGGUGGUGGGCCAUUCUGUGUAAUAAAAUGAGAUCUCAGUUCA